AUGGCGCUCGCCGCCAGCGAGGGGAAUCUUUCCCCGGCGCUGCCCCUGGCCACUCUGAUCGGCCGCGAGCUCCGCGGCGACGGCACCGAGCGCCCGCACGUGCGCUACGGCCACUCCGGCUUCGCCAAGCGCGGGGAGGACUACUUCCUCGUCAAGCCCGACUGCCUCCGCGUCCCCGGAGACCCUUCCUCCUCUUUCUCCGUCUUCGCUGUAUUCGACGGCCACAAUGGCGUGUCGGCGGCGGUGUUCAGCAAGGAGAAAUUGCUGGAGCACGUGAUGAGCGCCGUGCCGCAGGGCAUCUGCCGCGAGGACUGGCUACAGGCGCUGCCGCGCGCGCUCGUCGCAGGAUUCGUCAAGACAGACAUUGACUUCCAGCGCAAGGGUGAGACGUCAGGAACAACGGCGACACUUGUUGUCGUUGAUGGGUUCACGGUCACUGUGGCGUCGGUGGGAGACUCUAGGUGCAUUCUGGAUACACAGGGAGGCGAGGUCUCAUUGCUGACUGUGGAUCACCGGCUAGAGGAGAAUGCAGAGGAGCGUGAGCGCGUCACGGCGAGCGGAGGGGAGGUCAGCCGACUUAAUCUCUGUGGUGGACAGGAGGUCGGUCCUCUCCGAUGCUGGCCGGGUGGAUUGUGCCUUUCAAGGUCCAUUGGGGAUACUGAUGUCGGCGAGUUCAUCGUACCGAUUCCACAUGUCAAGCAAGUGAAGCUCCCAAACACUGGUGGAAGACUAAUAAUUGCAUCAGAUGGGAUAUGGGAUGCUCUGUCCUCCGAGAUUGCUGCUCAGGCGUGCCGGGGAUUGCCUGCAGAACUGGCUGCGAAACUUGUUGUUAAGCAAGCUCUGAAGACAAGUGGGUUGAAAGAUGACACAACAUGUGUGGUUGUCGACAUCAUCCCAUCUGAUCAUUGUUCAACACCACCAGCAUUAUCUCCAAAGAAAAAUCAGAACAAGUUGAGGUCUCUUAUUUUUGGUAGAAGGUCUCAUAGUUCUGUUGGAAAGCUCAGCAAAUCUGCUUCUUUGGGCUCUGUGGAAGAAAUAUUUGAGGAGGGGUCUGCAAUGUUGGAAGAAAGGUUGGGUAGAAAUUUCCCAUCAAAAGCAAAUCUGCCCCCAUUUCGCUGCGCAAUCUGCCAAGUGGACCAAGAGCCAUUCGAAGGUUUAAUGACGGACAAUGUAGGUGGCUGCUGCUCAGCCCCAUCAACACCAUGGGGUGGUCCAUACCUUUGCUCAGACUGUAGGAAAAAGAAGGAUGCGAUGGAAGUAUUUGGUAUUUUUUUUACUGGACUGGAUUUCCUUGUAUUUGUCGUCCUGUCCGCGAUCAUAUUGUUGCAACUGGGGUAUAUACCUGUAGGAACGAAGUACUGGUUUCCUGUUAAGUUGGGUGCCAUGAAUGCUGACAAGCUGGCCUCUUCUGAAUUUUUCCUUCCUGCAACCGUCCUUCAGCUAACGGUCGUACAACUGUCAAAUGUGUUAAGUACAAGAUUGAACACAUUUGUAGGACGCAAUAGGUCCACCAUUUUAGUGUGGUUCUGGAAACGUUGGGACAACUUGGAACUCAUCAUUCACGCCAGCUACCUUGGCCUGAAUAACCGAACUGCUGAACGAUUUCCUCGUAGCUGA